CGUAUUAGUCUAAAAGAUUUUGAUGUGGUUUCAUCUCGUUAUUACUUCGAGGGUUAAGUGUCAAGCGAUGGUUAAUGAUGUAUAAAUUGAUAUGUAUCCUGAAGUGUUUGACAUUGGUGGCAACUAAUCCCUUGCAAGAACUACAGUCAUGUCCUCAAGUCAAGUAUGUACAUAAUUACGGACAACCUGACGGACCGUUGAUAACGCCAUCGAAUUAUAAACCUUACCAACAACAACUUGUGGUUCAAGAUCAAAUACCACCUACAAUCCAAACAAUCCCUUAUUUACACAAUGAUCAAAUAAGCCGAUUGUAUUACAAAGUCAUAGCAAGUCCGACAGUAAACUCAUUUGCUGAUGCAAAUACACGUGUUUAUGAUCAAAAUGGAAUUGAAAUUAUACGAUACGUGGCUAACCCUAAUGUAGCUACGCCUAAUGUAGUUAAUAAUUACAUAUUAUUGCCACCAGAGUAUUUUAAAGUAAACCAAAGUGUUCCCAAUGAAAAAUAUUAUCCGCGUAAGAAAAAACUAACAAAAGGUGAUAACGAAAUGAAAAAUAAUGAAUUAUCAGAAGUAGAGAAUCAUAAGAACAAAAAAAUAGAACAUGUAAAUGAAAAACAUACAUAUAACUAUACUAAUGACAAACCGACGAGUGAUAAGCAUGGCGACGAUGUACCGAAAAAGAAAGCUAAAAGAAAAGAAGGUAGUAAAGUGAAUAAAAGUAAACGAAAGUCGUCCAAAAAAAAUAAAAAGAAAUGUCAGAAACAAGAAUCUUCUAAGGUCAUAGAUGAGGAUGAUCUUCUCCUUAAGCCCGAUAAAAAAAGAACUCAUAAUUCAAAACUAAAAGCUUUAGAAAAUGAAAGUGACAAAGAGGUUGUAGAACAACGAGAAGUUAAAACUACAACUAGGCGUAGUGAUGAUAACUCAAAAAUAACAGACAAAAAGAUUGAAAAGAAAAAAAAACUUAAAACUUGUCAAGAAAAGUGUAUAGAUUCCGAACCAACAGAUCACGAAGUGACUUCUGAUGAUUGUGAAAAAGUAGUAGUGUUAACACCACAAUUCAUAGAAAUUGACCAAAUAAAUGAUCCAUUAAUUUCUGAAAAGACAUCACCUAAUAUAGAAAAGAAUCAAGAUAAAACUAUAAAAGUUUUUUUAACUAAGGAAUUCGAAAAUGAUAAAACAGAUAUUGAGUCUCCACCGGUCAUUGUCGAGGCACCAUCAGAAAUUGUUGAUCCUCCACUAAAAAUUAUUGAGACCCCACCAAAAAUUAUUGCAGCUCCACGAGAAAUUAUUGAGCCUCUGCCAGAAAUUAUUGAGCCUCCAUCAGAAAUUAUUGAGCCUCCAUCAGAAAUUAUUGAGCCUACACGAGAAAUUAUUGAGCCUACACGAGAAAUUAUUAAGCCACUUAAUAUUUAUGCAAUCGAUAAUUCAGAAGAAACUUUGUAUGCUUCUCCGGUGUUAGGUGAUGAAGACAUUCCGUUUCUAAAUGACAAUGACGUAAUCGACGAAUAUUAUCCUGAUUUCACCUCAGACAAUCUAUACUUAAGUAAAGAGGAUUAUGAAUAUAAUAAUUUCCACGACCGAUACUAUUACGCUUCGGAUAAUAAGGCAAAAAUGAGUAGAGAAAAAAGAAGAUAUGAACACGUCAAAGGAAAAAAAUUGAGGAAGUCCGAUGAUGUACACAAUAAGAAACAAGAAGUUAAUAAUAUCAAAGGCAAAAAGUCUAUUCAACGGCACAAAGAUACUUUAAAAGAUAAAGAAAAUCCUUCAGAAACAAAAUUUCAUACUCCCCCUCCACUUGAGUUUCCUGAUUUUAAAACUGAAAUGGUAAACAAGGAUCGAGAUAAUCCUAGGAAAGAAAACGAGCAUAUACAAAAUGAACGUCAGAGCGAAAUAUCUAAAAAUUUAGACCACGAUAAUGAAGUUGAAACUGUGUUCGCACAUUCGAAGGUCGUGAAAUACGGCGCGUCGCCGAACACACAAGAGGCAACAUUAUUUGAUUUUACACAAACGAAUAUCGGCGAUGAGAAAAUUAUAUUUUCAAGAGAUGGAGAUACAACUGUCAUUAUAGCUAGAUCUUUAGGUUAUCCGGAGGACUAUUAG